AUGUUCUGCGAAAUACCAGAAUUCGGAAGAUGUUGCUUUUGCAUGCCCCUGAGAAGAGGCAUUUUAGUGUUCGGCUAUUUAAAUAUAUUAUUCUCGUUGUUCAUGAUCGGAGUGUACGCUCUGUCAAUUGAUCAAGGCUAUGGGAUGCUCAUGUUGUACCAUGGCGUUGCAGCCAGAAUGGAAGAAGAGCUCUGCAUCGCAAUAUACGUCGUGGACAUCAUAUUCAACAUUGUACUAUUAUAUGGAGCUCACAGAAAAAUGAUGAUACCUUUGAAGAUAGUUUACUACUAUAUGCUGAUGACUGUUGUAGCUGAUGUUGUUAUGGAGAUAGUGUCCAUCGUUGGUUCUCAAUUCUUCGAGGCUUUUGAAUUAUUGGCUCUGUUUUGUUUGGGAUUGUGUUUACAUCUAUACCUUCUCUUCUUGUUGCGAACUCUUCUGAAGAAUAUGGACAUACAAGGUAGCGCAUACGAGAAUCAACUGCAACAGUUCAUAAACGGAGAAAUAAGGGUGGAAGGAAACGGCGUCUACCCGAAUAUUGUUUUGUUCUCAAUAUUCGUCGUAGCCCUAGAAAUAGCACUCAACAUCAAAUAUAUGUAUACACCGUACACUAUGGCCAUGUACAAGGGGGUUUCAUUUUACUCACAGGUCUGGUUUGCACUGGUGCUUUACUUCACAGAAAUCGUCUUUAAUAUAGUGCUACUGGUUGGCGCUCAUACGAAAAAGACCAAGUUGCUACGAGUUUUCUACUACUACGGAAUAACUACAACACUGGCGUCUCUAGUAACUUUCAUAGUAGUACGUCAAGAUGAGAUGAAUCAUUACUGGACGUACUACAUAGUCGAGGGAAGCUUUGUUAUAUGCGGACUGAUGCAAGUUUAUCUUAUAAUUAAAGUUCGUAGUUACAUAAAUAAAUUGGAGGAUAUAGAAGAUGAAAGUUACCAGCCAGCUAUAGACGUGUUUCAACUAUAUCUCAUGGUGUUGGUACGAAGUGAAGUUAUGAAGUUGAAAAGCAACGCGCAGUUUCAGUUCGUUAAUAAUGAAGUGGAAGCUCAAUGUUCCGCUACACUAGAAGAAAUUCUAAGUGAAGAUAAGAAUGACAAUGGAAAUGUUAAGACUUUAGAAUAA